AUGACUGUUUCUUCGUAUUUUGCAAAUCUCGACGACUCGCCUCCAGACCCAAUCGCCCAGCUCAUGGAGGCGUCGGCUGCCGACCCCAACCCAGACAAAAUCGACGUCUCCAUCGGUGUCUACAAGUGUGACAAGGGAAACCCCCACUAUGUAUUUCCAUGCGUGGAGCAGGCAAAGAAGCAAUUAGCCGAAAAUGACCCUGGCCACUGCUACACGAACAUGACGGGUAUUCCGGCCUUCCGCCAGCUGGCCCAGCGCACCAUCUUUGGUGAAAACCACGACAAUGUUGUGUCUCUCCAAGCCAUCUCUGGCCUGGGCUCUUUGCACUUUGCCUUUGCCUUUUUGAGAUCCGCGGGUCUCAAAGACUUCUACGUGGGCGUGCCUGCCUGGGGUAACUACCAGGGCAUGAUCGAGCACGUUGGCGGUGUUUUCCACAGCUACAAGUACUUUGACGAAGCUUCGCGUGGAGUGGAUUUUGCAUCCACCAUCGAGGCGCUCAAUACCGCUCCUGCACGUUCUGUCUUUGUCCUCCAGGCAGUCUGCCACAACCCGACCGGUUGCGACUACACGCAGGACCAGUGGCUGCAAAUCAUCACCUUGCUUAAAGAAAGAGACUUAUUCCCUGUGUUUGACAUUGCCUACCAGGGUUUUGCCAGCGGCUCGGUUGACACCGACGCUUGGGCCAUCAGACAGGCCUACGCCUCGGGCAUCGAGUUCAUGGUGUGCCAGAGUUUCUCGAAAAACAUGGGCCUCUACGCAGAGAGAGCAGGCUGUCUCCAUGUGGUGGUCAACGACAAGAACAGUGUGGCCAAUGUCACUUCGCAAUUGACUGCUCUUGCCCGUCACGAGAUCUCUUUUGCUCCUGCCUUUGGCGCCAGAGUUGCCACUAUAGUUCAGACCGACCCUGCCAUUCUGCAGCAGUGGAAGACCGACGUUGCCGACGUUUGCAACCGUAUUAAGCAGGUUCGUCACCAGAUCGUCGAGAAGCUCGAGAAGCUCCAGACCCCAGGCAACUGGGACCACGUGGUUCAGCAAAACGGCUUGUUCUGCUUCACGGGCUUGACGCCAUUGCAGGUUCAAAAAUUGAUCCUGGAACACUCCAUCUACCUCACAGCCAACGGCCGUAUCAACGUGGCCGGCCUCAAUCUGUCUAAUUUGGACGCCUUCUGCCGUGCCGUUGACGCCGUCGUCAGAAAGUAUCCUGCCGCUUAG